AUGUCCCCCGCUCUCCACCCUGUCUUCCGCCCCGGCGCAACAGCCCUCAUCACCGGCGCCGCAUCAGGCAUCGGCCUAGCCACAGCCCAAUUCUGCCGCACCCACGGCAUGAACCUCGUCCUCGUGGACAACAACAAAGAGGCCCUCGAAACAGCAGCAUCCACUCUCCCCUCCACCUCAUCAACCACAACAACAACAACCCACCACAUCGACGUCUCCAACCCUUCAGACUGGCAAUCCCUCUACUCAUCCAUCACCCCCACCCACCCUCAGGGAAUCGACCUCCUCUUCCUCAACGCCGGCACCAUGGUCCAGCCCACAGAAGGCAAGACCACCUGGACAGAUCCGACGUACUUCCAACGAGCCCUCGCAGUGAACACGCUAGGCUACACGAACGGCAUAGCGACAUUCAUCGACGACAUCACUCGCGGAAGCGAUACAGUCCCGCGGGCUAUCAUCCUCACUGGCUCCAAGCAGGGGAUAACCAACCCGCCUGGGGACCCGGCGUAUAAUGCCUCCAAAGCGGCGGUGAAGAGUAUUGCCGAGCAGUUGAGUUAUAGUCUGUAUGAGAAACAUCCCAAUGUGAGUGUGCAUUUGCUGGUACCGGGGUUUACGUACACGGGGAUGAUAAGGAGGCAUUUUAAAGAGAAGCCGAAUGGAGCGUGGUUGCCGGAACAGGUGGUUGAGUAUUUGAGCCAGGGGAUGGCGGAGGGGAGGUUUUAUAUUAUUUGCCCGGACAAUGAGGUUACUGAGGAGUUGGAUAAGAAGAGGAUGAUGUGGUCGUGUGGGGAUAUGGUGAAUAGGAGGCCGGCGUUGACGAGGUGGAGGGCCGAUUGGAAGGAGAAGGCGGCGAAGGGGAUUGAGGAGAUGGAAAUUGGGGAGUAA